AUGUCCUCGUCCAAGAAGAUCGCCGAGUUCCCUGACGUCGAGGCCAAGCUCCAGAAGCCGACCAAGCAGUCUGCCUUCGAGCGCCAAAAAGCCGAGGCCGAGGCGAAGCGACAGCGCGAGGCAGCCGAGACCGCCGCCGUGUAUGAAGACUUUGUCAAGAGCUUCGACGCGGGUGACGGCGAUCAUGGCCACGGCCAGCGGGGAGGAAGAGGUGGACGAGUGGGAGGCCCAGGCCUCGACGGUCGCAGGGGAGGAGCAGCAGGAGGAGGUGGCAGAAGACACUUUGGAGGGGCGGCAGGUGGGCUGGCCGGCAUGAAGAGCAGCGGGCCUGGCACGCUGGGGCCCGCGCCGCCCAGCUUCGGGAAGAAGAGGACAUACGAUGGAUUCACGGCCGCCGCGGGCGGUGCAGGGCGGCUUGGGCUCGACGACGAGUCUUACGACGAUGGGAACCGCAGCGGCAGCAAAUCCCUCGCAAGGGUGUUCGACGCGAGCGACGACGACGACGAUGACAACGACGAGCACCGCGUGGGUUCGAGGCCAGAGGACAAGGCGGUUGCGAAGCCCACGCUGCGGCUGGCCAACUUGCCGCCUGCGACCAGCCCCGCGGUCAUCAAGGCGCUGGUGCCUACCAGCCUGGCGGUCGAAGGAGUCAAGAUCCUCCCGCCACCGCCAGCGCAGGGCACAGACCGCAAGUCGAUUGCCGCCAUCGUCACGCUCUCCCCCGAGACGGCUGCCUCGGACAUCGACGCCGUCGUGAGCGCGCUGCAGAACCGCUACCUAGGCUUUGGGCACUACCUAUCGCUGCACCGACAUCUGUCCUCGGCGGCGAUGGCUACCGCCUCAGAAGCCAGCGUGGCUGGGUUGACGAUGGGUUCACAUCCCUUCGGGGCGAAGCCUGUUGCCGCGCCUGGCCCUGGCGGUGGAGGUCCCGGUGGACACCACCACGGCGGCCCUGGGAGGUUCGCACCGCCGAGCUCGUAUGGCCCGGCAGGUGCGCCGCUCAACAGGAAUCUACUUCACGUGCCGAUCCGGCCGCCGAGUGAUAUCAAGCAGCUGCGUAUGAUACACAAGGUCGUCGAGUCGGUCCUCGAGCACGGCCCGGAGUUCGAGGCUCUCCUGAUGACGCGGCCGGAUGUGCAGCGGGAGGAGAGAUGGGCCUGGAUUUGGGACGCACGGUCACAGGGUGGCAUCUGGUACCGCUGGCGGCUGUGGGAGAUCCUGACGGGCGGUGCGCAGUCGAGGAGGGGCAAGGGCAGGUAUCUUCCCCUGUUCGAGGGGAGUCAUGCCUGGAAGGUCCCAGAGAAGGAGCUGGCCUACGAGUACACGACGGCCGUGGACGGCUUCGUGUCCGAGUCCGAAUAUGACUCAGAGUUUGAUGACGAGAACGAUGAUGAGCCCAAGAUCACUACGGACGGAAACAACAACAAGGCUGAAGAAGAGGUGUUUUUGAACCCCAUCGAGAAGGCCAAGCUGGUGCACCUGCUAGCACGACUACCUACAACGCUCAGCAAGAUCCGCAAGGGCGACAUCGCCAGGAUCACAUCGUUUGCCAUCACACAUGCCAACCGCGGCGCAGAUGAGAUUGUCGACCUCAUCGUUUCCAACAUCAAGAAGCCCCUGUCAUUUUCUUCUGCCAACCCAGAAUACCAGCGAGACGCACCAGAUCCCUCCGAUGGCUCGCGCGACGCCUCGCCAGCCCCAGGCGAGAAGAAGAGACAGCAGCAACAACAGCAGUACGGUGAUGCCGCCGCCACGCAGGACACGAGCGGCGCAAAACUCGUGGGCCUCUAUGUGAUCAGCGACAUUCUGUCCUCGUCCUCGACUAGCGGGGUGCGGCACGCCUGGCGGUACAGGCAGCUCCUCGAGGCGGCGCUGAAGGCGCGGCAUGUGUUUGAGGGGUUGGGCCUCCUGCCAGAGAGGAUGAGCUGGGGCCGGCUGCGGGCAGAAAAGUGGAAGCGCAGCAUCGGCCUCGUGUUGAGUCUGUGGGACGGGUGGUGCGUUUUCCCGAACGACUCGCAGGAGCUGUUUGCGCGCAGCUUCGAGAACCCGCCAGGGGCGCGAAAAGACGAGAAGACAGCCUCGGGCGAGGAGGCGGAAAGGGCCAAGGGGCGUUGGAAGACGGUGGAGGCGGCGGCGGCGGCGGCGGCGGCGGCGGCGGCGGCUGCUGCUUCUUCUUCUGCCGCAACUGCAGCUGCUGCUACGCCCGAGGCUGGUGCCUCGCCCGACGCAGGAGAUGACGACGGCGCCGGGUGGUCUGAUGAUGGGAGCUAUGAUGAGUACACGGACGACGAGGACAUGGAUAAUGAGCUACUCGCGCACUAUCACAUCGACGGAGAGUCUCUUCUGGAUAUCGACAUUGUCGGACUGGCUAUCGAAGGGGAAGGAGACGUUGUGAUGGGAGGGCCAAGUAACCAAGACGUAGGGGCCGAGCCAGCAGCGCCCAAGGACACGGGAGCGGAUGAUAGCAAAGCCGGCGUGUCCAAGCCGGCGGCAGUAAGUAAGCGAAAGAGGAUGACGGCGGCCGACAUGUUUGCAGACUCGGACUCUGGAGAGGAGAAGUAA